GAUAUAUGAAUAACCACAAUGGAGGAGUGUGUGGAGAGGAUGAAGAGACAACUGUGCAGUAAAUUUUACCACAUGAACGACACAUGGCUCAAUGAUUGUCUGGAUUACUACCUGACGGAGAAUCCAAAUUCGGCGAAGUCUCGAGAUGGGGAGAGAGUUUCGUUCCUUGUCAAGAGUUUUCAAGAACUUCUAAAGCAGUAAAACGACAAGUCAUUUCUGACUUGAUCAGUUUUUUAUGAAGAUUUCGUGGUCUAGAGAUGAUAGCAAAAUAUUUAUUAGAACCUUCUUUGUGGAGAGCAACUGAUGAUGAGAUACUGACGUUUGCGACAGCUCAAUGGCAACUGAGCGAUUUACGGGAGAUCAGCAACAGAAAGGGAUGUUUGCCAAGCAACCUUGUUGAACAAAAAUCCACCACCUUGACUGGCAAAUACAUUCUCCAGGUGGAGAAAGGUUAUGACAUAUCCACCCCAAAAUACAAACAACUAGAAGCUAUGCGAAAGGUGGCGAACGAAAAUAUAGCAGUGACAGAUGCAGAGCAGACACAAGCCUGGGAAAUAAAGAGCAAAAGAAUGAUGCAGUUGUUUCUGACUGAUGGCAUUCAGGAUGUGUCAGCGAUCGAGUAUCAGCCCAUCAGGUUCCUCAAGGACAUCAUCCUUCCAGGCUUGAAAAUCAUGAUAAAGGGACCCGUUAUCUGUAGGAGAGGGGUCAUUCUGAUGGAUGAAUCGAAUAUAAUGGAGAUCGGGGGUGAAGUUGAGCAUUUGCUGAUUACCAAUGCCACGGAAAAUAUUUUUGCACGAACCUUGAACAUGCCGGAGAAUCCAGACCCCUACAAUGACACAAAACAGAAGACAGACGAGGUAGCAGCCCUAUUUGAUGAUGAUUUCAACGACGACUUGGGCGAAAUAAUCGAAAUGGAAUCAGAAAAUUUUAGCAAUCGAUUGCCACCAGCCAAUCCCCAGGGCUCAAAGUCCCGAAAAUUGAAUUCCUCCCUAAAUUCCACCAACACAGCCAAGAAUGUGACGAGACCAGUGACUAGAUCUGAACCAUCAACUCUCCCCGUCUAUUUCCAAGCUGAACCAGAAACAGGAAUGGAGGACAUCGACUUCCCUGACGACGAUGACAUCUUCGACAUGAUUGACGAGAACGAGCUCGAGAGCAUCUCCAAACAAUCAGAAACUGGACGGCAGAUGAAAGACGAUCCUAAUCCUGUGAAAUCUUUAAAUCGUGGAAUAUCAGAAGUAACAAAUAUUCGUGCCAAUAGAAACGAUGAUUCAAUUGUCCUUUCUGAGGAAGAGCCAGAAGAAAUGGGGUCAUCACCUGUUGAAGAUCCUCCAAAAAAUGCCAAAAAAUUCAAACCAAGUGAACAGAUUGAUGAGAAUCUGGAGGAUAUUGGAAGUUUAGAUUGGGAUGAUUUCGAAUUAGAAGUUGAUACUUUGAAAGUAAUUCAAACACCAGCGAUUCCGCCUAAAAAUCCUUCCCCCGUGAAAUCAAGUUCUGUAUCAGCACCUUUCAAGACAUCUGAAACGUUUUCUGGGGUUAACAAAGGGAUGAAGCCUUUACAAGUGACGAAAACGAGUGCUCAGAGUUCCUCAGGAAGGUCAGGAUCUCCUUCAACGUUGAAAAUGAAAUCAACUGCUCAGAUGAAGCCCCUGAACUCGACUCCACCAGGUUCAAAACUCCUCAACAAUAAAAAAAACACAAAGCCCGUCGAGAACAGGAGAGGAAUUAUGGAUUAUUUUAGAAAGACUGAGCAACCAAGUCCCAAGACCGUUGAACGUCCAAAACUCUGUGAUUUCAUUUGUGAAAUAAAACGAUUGUCCUUGACUCAAGGGUCGGUUUGCAAGAAAAUCUGGGGAAGGACAAAGUAUCUUGGGAAACUGGGGAAGGGUGCGAUGGGCUGGAUGCUUGAAGGAUCGUUGACUGAUGGCACUGACAGCCUAGAUGUUGAGUUUUCGUCUAGUGUUUUGGAGAAGGAACUUGGCUUCACUGUCACUGAAUUCGCUGUCCAGAAGAAACAGAGGAAGAAUAAUCCUGAGGUGGAGGAAAGAUUGAGACAGGCAUUUAGAGCUGCAGACGCAAGACUGAAAAAUAUGGACGCCCUCGUCGAAAUCGAACUCUCCCUAGACAACAAAAAGCCAAAAGUCAUAUCUAUCACAGACUUGAGUGAUGCAGAAAGAAAAACCAUCACUGAGUGUAAAAAACGUUUGGGAUAUUCGUGAAUCUGACUCGUAUGUGGUGUGAAUGCACUCAUUGUAUUCAACACGAAGAAGUUUCUCCCUCCAGUUCACUGAUCCCCUCUGAACGCCCUAAUAUAUUAGUAAACUAAAGAGAGCCUCGUGUAUUCAGCGUUGAUCACUAUCUCCUUGCAUUAUUCAUCUCCACGAAUUUAUUAAUUCAUCAGUGCGAAUGAAAUUAUCAAUUAAAUCUCAUUCAACUCAACUCAAUUGUAAAUGUAAUAAUCGUGAUAGUCAUGUAAAUAACCAGUUUAAUGAUUGAUAAUUUUAUAAAAUUGUUCAUUAAAUCGUUAUGAUACAGAAGUCUUUAUAAUCGGUGAAUGAUUUUAAAUCAUAAAUGUGUAUUUAAUUAUUAUUGUCUACAGUAAAUGAGAUUUGUAUCACAAAGACGUUCUCCUCUGGAACUGCCUGGAAGUAGUUAUUAAUUACAGUAAUAGCUAAAUUAAUUUCUCGGCAGUUUUCAAGUACUUACAGAACUAUAAUUACUCCUAUCAGUUAUGGUCUCUCACAAAGAACAAAAUUUACGGAAUUCAACAGAAAAAAAAACAUAAAAGAACAAUUUCACUCCUUGAGCCAUCAAAAACAAAAUAUUUUGCACCAUAAAUCUUUUUUUUGUCUCGGUGAUAAAAUAGGUAUGUACAUCCUCGAAUAACUUAAAUAAUUAAGUAGAUGUAAAGGCAGUCAGCAUUUGAUGUAGUUAAUGAUCAUGAAGGGCGUCUUAAUCAUUAUUUACAACUUCAUAAACCUGAUGUGUGACAUCAAAAA